AUGAAUCCAAAGGCAUUCCAAUACCAGAAGCUCCUCGAAGUCAAGAGCGGCAAAUUUGUCCAUUCCAUUGAUUCAGAGGAAAAUGAUAUCUAUUCGAAGAGAGAGGCUAAUAUUGCCGGCGGUCUAUCCAUCAUUUUCAAUCGAUUUUCCAAGCGCAAGGCGACAGCAAUUGGAGGCGGUAAAACAUUCAAGGAGAUCAUCGGUCGAGUGGAGUAG